UUUAAAUAGUUUCUAUAUAGAAUGUCUGCUAUUUUGAAUAAUAAAAUUGAGGCAGUAACUUUUAGUAUUGCAAAAACCGCCGAAUUAGCUUUGCAAUAUGGAGAUGAAACUUUAAAUGAUAAAAAAGUAUUUGAGAAAUUUAUUUUUGACAUAGCUUCAAUAGCCUCAAAUGCUAAAAUUGUUGACGAAUGUAUUGAAAAGUCCAAAGAUGCGCAAAACAUAGAGGAAUUUGAAUCAAAAUAUAGAGAACUCAGAAACAAUUCUAAUACGAAUGUUCGAACAAGUAAAUAUUACGAAGAUUGGAUUGAAAAAAUAUCAGAAAUAAUAGGUUCUAGUGAGAACCAUAGAAAUUUAGUUCAAGAUGAAGAUUUUGAAAUGACUGCAGAAAUCAGUGACAUUGAUCCCAUAACUAAAAAACGAAUGCAAAAUCCUCUCAAAAAUAAGAUUUGUGGCCAUUAUUAUGAAAAGGACUCUAUUCUUCAGACAAUUUCUGAAAAUCGCAAGUAUAAGUGUCCUAUCGUUGGCUGUACGAAUAAAGAAAUAAUUAAAAAAACUUCUCUUGAGGAAGAUUUAGGAUUUAAGUUGAAAUUGAAGAGAAUGCUUAACAGGGAUUAAUAU